UAAAAUAUUUACCGAAUCUCGCCAUCUUUCUUUACUUUGUAAAAAAAUAACAGAUUGCCACAUCAAUUUUAUUCCUUAUAAAACGAGUAGACAAGGUGACAUUCACACCAUCUUCAUCUCACCAGAAGGCAAGCGUAGAAAUCUAAAGAAAAUGAUGCUUAGUUGGUUCUUUAUUUUAACGCUUUGGGAAGCGUCGCUGGCACUCACCUCUCUCCAAGCCAAUAACUAUAUGGAUCAAGUUCUAGCCGACAGUAAUUUCAGAUAUCAAGAAGCGGGAUCUUACAUCGAUCCCGCUCCCCUGGCCAAUUUCGCUAACUCGACUAGCACAAAACUGUACGCGCUGAAGGCGGAUGCUAAAUUUAAUUACACCAACGGAAUAAUGAAAGGUUUAUUCCGAGUUAAAAGAUACGGAGAUUGCGUUAUAUUCCAGAAUAAUAAUUCUUUUAGUUGCUAUCUCAGUUUUCCAAAUAUUAAUGUUAGUUACGACGGCAAAUUAAAAUACGGAGUACUUCCUACCAAGAGUAUCAAAGCUUACGCUUAUAUAUAUUCUACUUUGGGAUAUAUAAAUGUCCUUCCCCCUACCAAUAGCGGUGGGUCGGCGAAAGUAAAUGCCGCGCGUGUCGGAAACGUCCAAACUGAAUUCACCGGAUUAGGACAACUGAAUUCCCAGGUAAAGAAAUUGGCCGAAAACGCAUUCGUGGCAAAGAUUACCGAACAGUUGAGACAGUUUUUCGAAAUUCAAUUGAGUGCCGCGUUGAGCAGAGCCUGCGCUCGAAUUUCUGCUCCUAAGUAAAGGCCAUAAAGUGUUAAAUCGGUUUUCUUCAAUUACGUUAAUAAGUGCGUGAAAAAUUAUAUAACAGAAAAUAAAUGUCAUAAGCUUACUCGAGUUAAUUUUCCGCUUUGCCUUCUUUAUUUUAAUACUAAAACAGAAAAACUUGUAUCUGAACAAGAAAAAUAUUUCGAGUUUUUAAAGCUGAUUGUAAGCGCUUUGAUUAGCGCGCGAUGGGAGAAGAUGGCGUGAAAAAUUUAAUGCCGUUUGUAUGGAAAAUACUUUUCGAAAACGAGAAUCAAACAAUUUGUUUGUGUUAGAAUCCUAUUAAAUUCCUCUAUUAAUCUUACGUUGGAGAAUCGACUUUUUAAAAAACGUAGAAAAUUAACAUUAUUUAGUUUAUUUUCAGAUAUCAUAAAACGUAAUAAAUAAUUCAGGCGGUACGGUAUAAUAAUAUAUUUGUAAAUUCUUUGAAUCAAUUACGAAACACGCUAUUCGCCCGGUAUUACCGAAAUUAAAUCGAAGUCACUAAUCAAUGGCAAUAUUUAACGGUUAUGUAAAGUUCGAGAGGAAGUUGUGAAAAGUUUCGAAUUAACAGCCAACGGUGAUAUAAUUUGAUAAUGGGGUUGCGAUGACGCGGAAGAAAAAAAUACAAAGAAAAGUUUUACGAUAAACGAACAUACCGACGUAAACUUAUUUGUAAUGACAUCACCACGGGAAUACUAGACAAUUAAUUUAAAACGAGUAACUUGGCAAAAUCCUGCUCCACCUUUGACAAAAUAUUAUUGACCGAUUAAAUUCGUAUUUGCUAAUAUAAAUGCUACUCUUAUAAAUACUAA